AUUUCGGUUACCAGAUUCGUUGUUGCUACAACUUUUUAUUUUAUUUUUGAUUAGCAGAUUGAAGCUAAGAAGUAUUUUCAGGAUUUUGUUUGUUAUGACAGUUUAUGACAGAUUGAUUUUACUGCAACAAGAUGAUAUUGAACACAACAUGACAGGAAAUUGAAUCAGAUUUAUCAAAUAGAUGAAUGGAAAAAAUUAGAUGUGACAGCAAUACAGAGCUGUGAAAGAAUUUAAGACCUUAUAGAGAAAAACAGAAGAUUUGCCAUGAUGAACAUUACAUGUAUUUACAGCUAAUAUAAUAAUUACUGCAAUAUUUGUAAAUUUCAAAUGAUGUCAAUUGAAUGCAGUGACCCAUAAUUGUGAUAGUGAUAGAUCAGGAUAUAUGAUCUACAAAGAGUAAAAGGACAACAACAUAACCAAAGACAUAAAAUGGGUGACCAGUCGAAAAAAGAUGAGAAUGCUGUAUUUAUUGGUAACUUGAAAAAAGAUGCCUCAAAGGAUGAACUGAAAAACUAUUUGUUUGAACUGUUAAAACAUCAUUUGAAAAUAAGUCUGAAUUUACAUAAUAUCGAAGUGAAAGGAGGAAAGAAAAAUAGAGCAAAAUUUGCAUUCAUUCAUCUAAAUUCAAAAAUUGAUCGGGACAAGACAAUUUAUAUGCUUGAUUCAAGGGAAAGUCAAUCUCGUGUAGGCUUUGAUUUUUCACAUCUGGUUGAUCCUAAUUAUCAGAUUAUUAAAGUUGGUGUCAAAAAGCCUGUAGUUGAUGAAAAAGCUGGCAUUAAACCUAAAUCAAAACAAGAAAAAAUAGAAAAAUUCAAAAGUUCUGAUAUGAAAACUAAACUGCCAGAUACACCAUCACAACAUAUACAGCAAAUUAAUGUAUCUGCACAGCAUAUUCAUGGAAAUUCAGUAAGUGGAGGAGGGGUUUUAAAAUCAGCUAUUGAUAAUCAUGACAAUGGAGGAAAUGCAAUUACAAAAUAUUAUGAGGAUCAGUUGCUUGGAAAUGAAACAAGAGAUAAGGAAUUCAAACUUGGAGGUGGUGAACUGACCUUGACUUUAAAGCAGCAUGUUUCAAAGUAUUUAUGUGGGUUUCUUAACAGUUCACAGAAAGGAACAUUAUUCAUUGGUGUGAAAGACAGUGGUGAAGUAAAAGGAAUAGAAUGUGAUCAACCAACAGAAGACAAAAUACGUCUCAGGAUUGACGAAACUGUUAAGACAUUUAAACCAGCUCUUUUUCCACAGAAAUAUCAUGUGGAUUUUGUUCCUGUUUACAUGAAAGAUGGCACUUUGAAAAAUAAUUUCAAAGUGCUGCAGAUUACAGUUGAAAAGGUUGACAACUUGACACAGCUGUAUCAAGCUGAUGGUAAAGUAUAUAUGCGACGUGAUGGAAGUGUUGAGGUUCUUGAUCCUUCAUACAUACAGGAUUGGUGUAAACAGAUUCACCAUCAAGAAUUACAAAAACAGCAGGAAGAAAAUGUUAGAAGUUUAGAUCUUGAAAGAAACAAAAUUCUUAGCGAAAAGGAAAAGGAAAAGAAACAAAUACAAGAAAAGAAAGAAGAAGAAAUGAGCAAAUUAAAGAAACAAAUGACAGAGAUCAAAGAAGAAGAAAUUAGCAAAUUAAAGAAAAAAAUCACAGUGGUAGAAGAGGAAAAUAAAUAUUUGAAGAAAAACAAGUCUAAAGUGUGUGUUUUAAUGUAGUAUUGUGCUGUAGAGGCACAUAGUUUAAAUUAUGUAACAGAAAUUUUGUUUUUUGAUGAAAAACAUUUUUAUUUACUGUUUCUUCUGACAGCACAGCUGUGGUGAUCUCUUUUGUGUUUUUGCCUUAAUUUAUAAAAAUCAUUUAGCCUCAAAGGCAGCACUUAAAAUAAAUCUGUGAUUUCAUUUUAGCAAUAAAAGAUAUAAAUCUUUUUUUUUGGUAUAUGUACUCAUUAUAAUGACAUUCUUUUACAUUCCUCAUGGUCAGGUAGAGUUAAUGACAAUUUAUACUGUUGAUGCAUUUUUAUUUGUGGCUACUGUCUUUCAAGGAUUGCAAAAAAUAGUGUUUUUCCUAGACAUUUGAUUUUGGUUUUUUUUACAAAUUAAGUGACAAAUUUAAAGGAAAGGAAUACGGUAAGGGUUGAUAUUGGCCUCAAAUUUCAGGUUCAUCUAACGAAAGAUUUUGGACACUUUUUAAACACUUAAAAGUGUAUAUUUCAAUUGUUUCAAUUAGUUUAUAUAAAAGAUUUUAACUGAUAUAGUCUUUAAAAAUGCUCUAAUUUAAGCCUAUUUAUGAAAAAUCUAUCAAAUAUGCAAAAAAAUGUUACUUUUCAAUUGGUUCAUGUCAAAAAGGAAACCAAGAAAGUCAGUAAUCCAAGAAUAAAAAGUGAUGUUUUUGUUUGAAAACAUAAAUAUUACAUUUAAUUGUUUAUUGAUAUCAUUUUUCAAUGUGUGUAUUAUUUUAAUGUGGUAUGAUAAUUUGGUUGUAUGUCUUUUCUAAAUCAAACUUCUUGGUGGUUUUAUACCAACAAAAUUGUUGUUCAACAUUUUUUUGGCAAAAUUAGAAAAAAGUGAUGUUAAUUUUUUACAAAUAAAUGAAAUGUAUGAUGUACAACACUGCCAAUGAUAUAUUUUUUUGGUCAAUGUAUUAUUUUAAGCUAUUAUGUGAUGUAUUUGUUUUGGUGAUAUUAUGAGAUUUUUUGUACAUUUCUUCAAAUUAUGUAUUUACACAUUUUUGAUUUUUUUUUUAAAUAUGACAAUAGGAAAACAUUCUUAAUUAUUAAGACUUAAUUCUACUUUGAUUAAUAAAUAGUUAUAAUUUGACUAGACCACAUUUUAAUUUGACUAGGCUUCACAAUUAAAUUUGACUAGACAACAUUUUAUUUUGACUAGACCACAUUUUAAUUUGACUAGGCUUCACAUUUAAAUUUGACUAGACCACAUUUUAAUUUGACUAGGCUUCACAAUUAAAUUUGACUAGACGACAUUUUAUUUUGACUAGACCACGUUUUAAUUCGACUAGGCUUCACAUUUUAAUUUGACUAGGCUUCACAUUUAAAUUUGACUAGACCACAUUUUAAUUCAACUAGACCAUAUUUUAGUUUGACUAAAUGUUGAAAUUUGAAAGAGUUCCCAAAACCCAGUGUUUUGCCUUCUUUUGAUGUUAGUUGCAGGCUCAACAAUAAAUAGGGAAUUUUUUUUUUAAAUUUUCCUCUUGAUACUAUCUUUUGAUUAUAAGAAGAUUCUGUCUAAAUUUGGUAAAAUUCCAGAAUGGUUUAUGAAUCUAAUAGAUUUUAUAUAAACUUUAAAUGCAGACUACUGGAAGAAAAAUUAAGUCCAUUUAUAAGCAAUAAACAGAAAAACAUGAAUAUUUUUACCACUAGCUUUUGAUCAGAAAUAAACUUUAACCACAGAGUGAAUGUAAUGUUAACUGACAGAAAAACUAAGUCCAUUUAUAAGUAAUAAACAGAUAAACAGGAUUUUAUUUUUACAAAAUAAUUUACUUUCUUAUGAUCAUAAACCAGCUUCUUAAGGGGCCAGCUGAAGGACGCCUACAGGUGCAGGAGCUUCUUGCUAUAUUGAAGACCCAUUGGUGGCCUUUGGCUGUUGUCUGCUCUAUGGUUGGGUUGUUGUCGCUUAGACACAUUCCCCAUUUCCUUUCUCAAUUUUAUUCUGUCCAAGUUUGGUAAAAAUCCAGGAUAUUAAAAGAAAGUUAUUCAAAUUUAAAAACUUUGACCACAGAGUGAGUGUAAUGUUAACUGGCAGAAAGGCUAAGUCUCCAUUUAUAAGUAAAAUACAG